UCAAACUAGUUGGAUCCUACAGUAGCAGAGGCAGCAGAAGCAGAAGUAGCUAGACGUGUUUACAUAUCUCCGUGCAAAAAAAUGUCUAUUAAGACCGUAGGCACCGUGCUGACACGGACACUGUGGGCCAGAGGUAACAGAACCCCACCUCUCGCCAAAUCCCCACGCGUGAACAGGCUCUCUACAUCGAGCAGAGUGCUCGGGAAGCAUGUGGAGAAAAGCAAGGGGCAAAGCUGCAGCUCGGACUCGGACAGGCCGAGCGGCGCAGAGGCGCAGUCCUCCAGCGAGGCUCCGCUCAAAGGCGGCAGCGGAGACAAGAAGAGGCUGAAGGAGGCCGUGGGAGCUCCGGGAGUUAGCGGCGUGAGGAGGCGCUCCUUCACCUCCAACGCUGCGCCCAUGGACCAGACGUCGUUUCUGUGGAGCCGCUACAAUGACCUGAAGCGGCUGGUUCACGACCUGAUCCCUCCAGCUUCGUGUAAGAGCCUUAACUCCUCUGUGAUCUACGCCAACAACGAGGUCAGCUUGGAGGAAGUGGACAUCUAUGGCUUUGACUACGACUACACUUUGGCUCAGUAUUCCAACGCGCUCAACGCCCUGAUCUACGACACAGCAAAAGGAUUCCUGGUUGAACACUUUAAGUACCCUGAGGGAAUCGCCAAAUAUGAGUACAUUCCCAACUUUGCCGUCCGAGGUCUGCACUAUGACAUCCAGAAGGGACUUCUGAUGAAAAUUGAUGCCUUCCAUUACAUUGAGCCAGGAACAGUGUAUCGGGGUCUGAGUCCAGUGUCGGAUGAGGAGGUCCUUUAUCUCUUCGGGGGGACUUUCCAUGUCCCGCUGUCGCAGGACAGCGGCUUCUACGGAAAGGGGCCAAAGGUGAAGCAGUUCAUGGAUAUCUUCUCCAUCCCAGAGAUGACCCUCCUCGCCGUCGCUAAUGACUUCUUCAUCACCAACGACAUCGAGUACGACCCGGUUCACCUCUUCAAGGAUGUUUCUGAGGCCAUAGGAAUGGUUCACCUCAAAGGCUACAUGUACAAGUGGAUCAUGCAAGACCUUGACAAGUUUAUCCUGAGAAAAGAAGAGACGGAUGCCGUCCUUCAUCGGUUGGUCAGGCAGGGGAAGAAGCUUUUCCUCAUCACCAACAGUCCCUUCAGCUUUGUGGAUAAAGGAAUGACGCACAUGGUGGGGAAAAACUGGAGAGACUUCUUUGACGUUGUUAUCGUCCAGGCAGACAAACCUCACUUCUUCACCGACUGUAUCAAACCUUUCAGGCGCUUGGAUAAUAACGGAGACCUGAGGUGGGAGAAGAUCAGCAGUUUGGAAAGAGGGCAGAUCUACAAACAGGGCAACUUGUUUGACUUCCUGAGGCUCACCGGCUGGCGAGGAUCAAAGGUUCUCUACUUUGGAGAUCAUCUUUAUAGCGACCUGGCUGAUCUGAUGUUGCGACACGGCUGGCGUACUGCUGCCAUUGUCCCGGAACUGGAUCACGAAACCAAAAUAGUGAGCGCUCAGCGUUACGCUGUGACCCUCACCUGGCUGCAGGCCCUAACCGGCCUGAUGGAGCGCCUUCAGACACACCGUGACCCAGAGUCUAAAAAAGUUUUUCAGGAAUGGCAGAAAGAAAGAGAGGAGCUGCGGGUGAUGACGAAGAACCUGUUCAACCCUCAGUUUGGCAGCAUCUUCAGAACAUGCCACAAUCCCACCUACUUCUCCAGACGCCUGAGCCGCUUCUCAGACAUCUACAUGGCCUCCCUGAGCUGCCUCCUGAACUACGACCCCUCAUACACCUUUUACCCACGACGCACACCCCUUCAGCACGAGGCUCCCCUGUGGAUGGAUCAGCUGUGCACGGGCUGCAUGAAGACGCCCCAUCUGGAUGAUAUGGCCAGCAUUCGAUGAGAGCUGUGCUCUCCUCACUGACUCUUUGGACAUAUUUAGGUCAAAGUGGUGAACACUUGAGAUAGUUGGAACAUUUAGUUCCUUUUAACAGGGUCUGUUUUUGUGUAAGAAGGUGCUGGACGAUUUUUUUCCCCCACUGGACACGACUCACUCAUCAGUUUGGAGAAGACCUCCUUGCUGAGUCCACUUGAGGGAGCCGUAGAGCUACAGUGGCUGUGUUGAAGAGUUGUGAUACAAGAUUGACAGGGUGGAUGAUGAUUCUAGUGGAGAAUGGGGAAGUUGUUUAAUACUAAGCUGCAUCGCACAAUUAAAACAAAUAAAGGAGUAAAAUCUUUUAUAAUUCUGUGUUCAUCUUAUUAAUCCUCUUGUGCUAUAUACUCUGUUCAUGUAAUCACGCCAAAUACCUCACUGUGUUGAAUAUAAUCAAUGAAGCAUGGCGUGAAAACUAACUUUUAAUGAGUUAAUAUUUUGAUUUGCAUAUGGAUUGUGGUUUCAUUCAUCUGAUUGGCUGGGUGGUUGCUAGGCUGCACAGCAUCCAUUCAUAACUGAUGUGGUCUCUGUCUGAAAUUCAUUUGAUUCCAGUCGCCUGCCUGAAGAAAACAGCGAAGGUACAGUACUGCUGUUCUGUUACACUUUUAGGGUUGGGUGAAUAAAAACAUUUCUGAGCGAUGGAGGUGACUCGUUUAUCUGAAGAAGAAGCUGCUGCUAAAUCUAACCAAAAGAACAAUGCUGGUCUGGGUUCAAGUUUUUGUCUCGCUGUCCCGUCCAGGAUCUCAGUGUGUACCUUCUGUUACUCUUUGUUGUAAUGGGAAUUAUUAAUAAACACGUAA